AGGUUGAAUCAUGUCUGGUCGCGGUAAGGGAGGCAAGGGCCUUGGUAAAGGUGGCGCUAAGCGCCACCGCAAGGUUCUGCGCGACAACAUUCAGGGCAUUACUAAGCCCGCCAUCCGCCGCCUGGCCAGGCGCGGCGGCGUGAAGCGCAUCUCCGGUCUCAUCUACGAGGAGACGCGCGGGGUGCUGAAGGUCUUCCUGGAGAACGUGAUCCGCGACGCCGUCACCUACACGGAGCACGCCAAGCGCAAGACGGUCACGGCCAUGGACGUGGUCUACGCGCUCAAGCGCCAGGGACGCAGGGCGCCUCAGGCAAUUUGUGUUUCCUCUGGAAAGCAGGUUAUGGCUCGUACGAAGCAAACUGCUAGGAAAUCCACCGGCGGCAAGGCCCCGCGCAAGCAGCUCGCUACCAAGGCUGCCCGCAAGAGCGCUCCGGCCACUGGCGGCGUGAAGAAGCCGCACCGCUACCGGCCCGGCACCGUGGCGCUGCGCGAGAUCCGCCGUUACCAGAAGUCCACCGAGCUGCUGAUCCGCAAGCUGCCGUUCCAGCGCCUGGUGCGCGAGAUCGCGCAGGACUUCAAGACUGACCUGCGCUUCCAGAGCUCGGCCGUCAUGGCGCUGCAGGAAGCUUGUGAAGCUUAUCUGGUGGGGCUGUUUGAGGACACCAAUCUGUGUGCCAUUCAUGCUAAGCGGGUCACCAUCAUGCCCAAGGACAUCCAGCUCGCCCGCCGCAUCCGUGGUGAGAGGGGCCUGGGAUUUAGCUCAGUGGUGCUGCUGACUGCCUCAAAUAUGCAAGUACUAAGGAUUGAGCUGAGGGCCUUUGAGCUGAGCUACAUCCCUAGACUUUUCUACAAUUUAGUGGAGCAGCGGGCGCGCUCACUUGGAGCUGGUGUACUUGGUGACGGCCUUGGUGCCCUCGGACACGGCGUGCUUGGCCAGCUCUCCGGGCAGCAGCAGGCGUACGGCCGUCUGGAUCUCCCGCGACGUGAUGGUCGAGCGCUUGUUGUAAUGCGCCAGGCGAGACGCCUCGCCGGCGAUGCGCUCGAAGAUGUCGUUGACGAAGGAGUUCAUGAUUCCCAUGGCCUUGGACGAGAUACCCGUGUCCGGGUGGACCUGCUUGAGCACCUUGUAUACGUAGACCGAGUAGCUCUCCUUGCGGCUGCGCUUACGCUUCUUGCCGUCCUUCUUCUGCGCCUUGUCCACCGGCGGCAAGGCCCCGCGCAAGCAGCUGGCUACCAAGGCUGCCCGCAAGAGCGCGCCGGCCACCGGCGGCGUGAAGAAGCCGCAACGAUACCGGCCAGGCACCGUGGCGCUACGCGAGAUCCGCCGCUACCAGGAGUCCACCGAGCUGCUGAUCCGCAAGCUGCCUUUCCAGCGCCUGGUGCGCGAGAUCGCGCAGGACUUCAAAACCGACUUUCGCUUCCAGAGCUCGGCUGUCAUGGCGCUGCAGGAGGCGUCCGAGGCCUACCUAGUGGGGCUGUUCGAGGACACCAACCUGUGCGCCAUCCACGCCAAGCGGGUCACCAUCAUGCCGAAGGACAUCCAGCUGGCGCGCCGCAUCCGUGUGCGAGUCACACUAUGUCUGGACGCGGCAAGGGAGGCAAGGGCCUCGGCAAAGGCGGCGCCAAGCGCCACCGCAAGGUUCUGCGCGACAACAUCCAGGGCAUCACCAAGCCCGCCAUCCGCCGCCUGGCCCUGCGCGGCGGCGUGAAGCGCAUCUCCGGCCUCAUCUACGAGGAGACGCGCGGGGUGCUGAAGGUCUUCCUGGAGAACGUGACCCGCGACGCCGUCACCUACACGGAGCACGCCAAGCGCAAGACGGUCACGGCCAUGGACGUGGUCUAUGCGCUCAAGCGCCAGGGACGCACGCUCUACGGUUUCGGGGGCUAAUUAUUUUCUCCUUCUAGGCAAACAUUUCUGAAGGUCCUAUUUAUGGCCACCUCCUAUAUCUUUUAAGGAGCCAAAACACUUAAAGGAGAUUCAGGGUUCUGCUCUGUUAGUGUAGACUCACUGUUCCGUAAUGCUGAGUGUUGUGUAUUGAUAAUCUUUCUCAAGCUGUUAAUGCCAUUUUGGCCUCCUUGCCCCUGAAGAGGUGGGCCACACAGAUGGUGUGAAGAAAGAGUGGAUUCAUGGGUUAGAAAUUAAAUGGCCCAGCUGAAGUCCGUACCAAAAGUUGAACAGCUGCACUACCAGUUCAAGACCACUGUUGACCUUGUCAAAAGACCAGUUUAUUAAGGUUACCUCGCAACCACUGAUUUGAAUUGUUGUCUUCUGCAAAACCAUUUUUGGAAACGGGCAAUUUAGUAAGAGGUAAUCGAGAAUGUUAGUAGCAUCCGUAGCCAUUUACUGAAAUACGCAUUUGAUACGUAUUGUCAAUGAAUGUGGAGGUGGUAAGACUUACAGAUUGCUAUUUCCAAAAGGUCGUGUGUGUAUGUU